AUGGAAUCACGUUCGGCCUCGUUCGACAGGCGCACACGCUCAGAUGUUGACUCUUGGGUUGAGGUGUCUUCUCAGCCAUCUUCCUCAUCACUGUCGUCUAUCGGCGACGACAUCGUAACGACCGGCGGCCCCAACCGAGACGAUCAAAGAACGAGGCGGCGAAGAAGGCUUGGAGCUCCAACACACUUGAACAUCACCCGAACAGCAGAGGCGACCAGCAGUCAAGAGGAAUACGAAGAGAGCGAGAGCGAAUCAGACCGAAUCAUGACAUCCUCGGGAGAAGGCCCGAUGCUCGCUGCACCGGCUGCGAGGAACGCAGCUGCAGGCAUGGUCGCAGCUCAACGAUCAUUGACAUCAGAAAGCAGCGGUGCCCAGGCAUCAGAUGACGACGACGAGAACAAGACCGCCAUCAAUUAUCCGAUCAACAACGAUACCUGCUUUACCCCCCUACCAAACGCCUUUUCGCACCCACCGAGUAGUCAGAUGCGAGGUGCGAGCCAGCCUGUGCCAGGAUCAUAUUUCCCACCGUCAAGGCCAGUGACCUCUUAUCGAUCGGCAACUCGAAACUCGUUACCCGAGACGAGGCGGCAGAGCCAUCUUCCGCAGAACGUAUUGUCACCAUCCUUCAAUGCUGCCGCAGAGCACGAUGAAGCGCUAAGAGCAAGCCUUACCAGCCUGCUAUCCGUGGCGGCUGCGGCUCGUGGCCUUCCCAAACCCGAAUCGAAGCGGCCGCAACAGACAACGACUCCUCCACGAAGCAAUCGAGUCGAUCCGACAUCAUUUCGGCUUGUGCCUGAAUCAGCUUUACAAUCCAGCCCUCCUACCCAACUGCAAGUACAGGAACCGACGUUCAAACCGACGAUUCGACGAACAUCGACCAACUCGACAUCAACAAACUCUGAGCGUGUCGAGAACAAGCGCAAGGCUGUCACUGCUCCUGGCCGCAGCACCAGUCGCGAGCGGCGUGCACUCAAAAAGGCUCGCCGCUCAGCUUCGAACGAAGACUUGCAUGUUACGCCGACCCUACUUACGUGGGUAGUAUCGGCAGGUGUCGUGGUCUUUCUGAGCGCACUCAGCUUCAGCGCUGGGUACAGCAUGGGCAGGGAAGCGGGGAUGUUGGAAGCCAGCAACUUCUCACCAGCAGACGAGUCGCUCAGAUCUUGUGCACGGGAAGCGAGUCGUUCGAGCCUCGGCCUGAAGCGUUCUCUGGCCAGAAGCGCCAUUCAGGUUUGA